AAACUAUGCUUAAGUCUGCUGCAGGGUGUGCAACUGUUAAGAUGCCACGAGGUACCUUGUGAAGACAGCUAGCCUCUGUAUGUUUGACAGGGUCUCUUAACGUCACGAAAUAAACGGCCGAUUGGAGCCGAAUGUGGUCCGUGUCCUGGUGGUAAUUUUAAAAACCCAACGCAAGAGAGAGUACAACCGCUAGAGAAGCAUGCGCCAGCCUUAAAUGUGCGAGAUCCGUAGACCCGACUCUACUGCGCGGUCACAUGCCGCCCCGACUUCCCCUCAGCCAACGGUCUGGUGGUUGGAGAUGAGUAGAAGAUGUCGGUUUCGGGGCUGAAGGCCGAAUUGAAGUUUUUGGAGUCCAUUUUUGACCCAAACCACGAACGAUUCAGAAUAAUAGACUGGAAACCAGAUGAACUCAGUUGCCAAUUCAACGUAACCGGAGAGAAGCUGCUGAUCAUUCACUGCAACAUCACGGAAUCUUAUCCCUCAACACCGCCGAUAUGGUUUGUUGACUCCGAUGAUCCGAGUCUGGCCGAAGUGUUGGAGCGCUUAGAGGGUGUGAGAAAAGGCAGCACAUUGCUCCUUCAGCAGCUGAAGCGCCUCAUUUGUGAUCUCUGUCGACUUUACAACCUGCCUCAACAUCCAGAUGUAGAAAUGCUGGACCAGCCGUUACCAACUAGACCAAUUACCCAAGAGAGAAAGCAUGGGCUGUCAGAUGAGGUGACAUCUGAAGAGGAAGAAGAGGAAGAAAUGGGCGAGCAGGACAUUGACCUGGACCAUUACGACAUGAAAGAGGAGGAGCCAGUGGACGGGAAAAAGUCAGAAGAUGACGGAAUUGAAAAAGAAAAUCUGGCCGUCUUAGAGAAGAUUCGUAAAAACCAGAGGCAGGAUCACUUGAAUGGUGCCGUGUCUGGCUCUGUGCAAGCCUCAGACCGCCUAAUGAAGGAACUCAGGGAGAUCUACAGGUCACAGAGUUACAAGACAGGUAUUUAUUCAUGUGAACUAGUUGGCGACAGCCUUUAUGAAUGGCACGUCAAGUUAAGGAUGGUAGACCCGGAUAGUUCAUUACAUAGUGACUUGCAGGUCUUAAAAGAAAAAGAAGGAGUGGACUACAUUCUGCUCGAUUUCUCUUAUAAAGAUAAUUUUCCUUUUGACCCACCGUUUGUUCGGGUUGUCGCCCCUGUGCUCUCCGGAGGUUAUGUUCUGGGAGGAGGGGCCUUGUGCAUGGAACUUCUCACAAAACAGGGCUGGAGCAGUGCCUAUUCCAUAGAAUCUGUCAUUAUGCAGAUAAAUGCAACGUUGGUUAAAGGAAAAGCUAGGGUGCAGUUUGGAGCCAAUAAGAACCAGUACAAUCUUGCCAGAGCACAACAGUCGUACAAAUCCCUUGUGCAGAUUCAUGAAAAGAAUGGCUGGUACACACCACCUAAAGAGGACGGAUAAGGAGCUACUACCACUAUGCACUGGGAACAUGUCUUUCAAAGUCAAAGUAUCUUAUUUUCUUUGGAAUACCCCCCAACUUCACUGGGAUUAUAUCAUCCUGUUGGUGGAAACCCUCUUGUUGGCUCAUCUGACAAGUAUACCUUCGCCCCGGUCCAGUUGAGACUGUAGUCUGGUAUCACUUUGCUAUCACUGAUAUCACUUGUCCUCAAUCCUACAUAGGCUCACUUGUCUUUAAAAAAAACAUUUCUCCCUUUUGAUUUUGGGGAAGUGCUUUUUCUUUAGCUGCUGUGACAAAGUGGGCUUUACAAACAGUCAGUUACUCCUUUAAACGGGAGUUUUAAAAGAAGAUACUGAAGCUCUUGAUGUGGCACCCCCCCCCCCCCUUUUUUUGCAAACUAACCGGUACAUAAAAAUGCAAAUAUUAUAGACGUUUUAUUCAGCUAUUGUUUUUAUUAUUUGAGCAUCCUAGAUCAUUAAUAAAGUAAACAUUUUGGAAGCUUAUUUCAAUAUUGAGAUGAACUUGUGUUUUAGCUCAUACCUUUUAAAAAAUAUAUGAAGAAUAUCGGGUCAAGCAGAAUCAAGAUGCUUGGGUGUUGAACUAAGAUUUAUCUGUUGUAUGUGAACAAAUCCAUCUGUAGCUGAUAAUAAAACAGGGCCAAAACAUCUCACAAUUUCCAUGUUAUAUAGCUCUCGUGAGGAGGAAACAGAUAUUUUCACCAGAUGUCAAAAUCACAGAUGAGGCGUCAUUCGAGACGUUUUUACAGAUCUAAAGAGCUUUUUUUUGUCUCAUGUUCUGUUGAUACAACAACCCCGUAAGCGUUCAGUUUGGUUACUGGUCUUUUCAUUGAUUAUAGAGGUUGAUGUCUAGAGGUUGCAGAGGUUGGUGUCUAGUUUGAUACUAAAAUGAAGCCCUGACUGUGUCUCAACUUCUGUUAUAAAAAUUUUUAAGCAGACACGCACUGGGAUUGGCUUUACAGAAGGAAUAAAUUAAACGUGUUUAGAUGUGUUUGGAUUUUUUUGCAUAAUACUGUACAGUUUAGCUGCAAAUUUGUUAUUCAUAUCAUGACGUACAUGGAUUGUAGUUGCUUUUCUUGCGCAAUUUAGAAAACUUUGAAACUGCUUCCCUGCUCCAUGACGUCCACCACUUGUAGGGCUUCCUUUGCCAACAAUAUGAUUCGGCAUCAGAAAAGGUGACCAAAAGAUGGAUCAUUCAAACUCUACAAUAUUGUACGUUCCAACUUUGACCAUGCAACAUACCGUAGUACUUCUCUACUGUCGCUCGUUGUACUGCAGACCAACGGUAUCAAUUAACCUGUUUAUUGCAACGGUAUGUUUGAAUUGCAACUCAGGUAACAAACAAUACUUAGGAGGAGAAUCAGAACUUGAUUGCGCUCGCAGUUUAUUUCUUUAGAUUAAUGAACGUUCUGUACUGCUGACAUUGAGGUUUACACACACGCUGAUCAGAUGUCAAAAAUACAUGAGCUUUACAGUAAUAUGGGCUGCGUAUUUAAUUUAAUUCCAUUGAUAUAAUAGGAAGAAAGAUGCCAUUUAAACAUGAUUGGCAGCAUGGUGACUACCCGCGUAAUCGCUCAAUGAUUUCCCACUGUAGUGUUUAAUGCUUGGUUGUUCGUCCCAAGUACUGAAAAAUAUUUGAUUUCAGCAUCUGAUCUUUGAAUAUUCUUUAUAAAUUAAAAAAACAACAACAUUUGCACAACUGGCAACAAUGUGCCUUUAAAGGUCAAUUAUAACAACUAUCUAAAUAGCUUAACAUCAGGAUAAAUUAUUUUUUUUCCAGAACAUAUCAUAUUGUUUCAUGUUUGAUGGAGCGUAAGGAGGACUCAGGUCUCUAAAACCAGAGGUGUCCUCAUCUAAAGGUCCUGGGUUUUCCUGCCGAGACUCCCUUUAGAGGGGCUAUGGAGAGACAAUUUCAUGGUUGGGACGUGAUGAAAAACUCUUGCACGCCAAUCCAACUGGACUGAUUUGAGAUGAUUAAUUUAUCUCAACUGCAUCAACAAAACAACAUCAAGUCUGGCACCCUUUGACUUGCUUUGGUUUUCUUUUACUUCUCAUUUUUCAUUUUAGGACAUUUUGAUCAUGUACAGUAAUUUGCAAACUUGCAUCAAGUUUAUGAAUAAAGAAUUUUAAGAUUAUUUCUGUA